CUUCCUUUCUUCCAACCUCAAAUUCUCCCUCCCCCCGUCAAGAAAAGGACAUCUCAAAAUUCUCAUCAAUGCUUGUUUUCCUUCCACCUUUCCCCCCCAAUGCUGGCUCUAGCAAAAUUCCUCCACUACUCAUCUCACUUUAACUAAUGACGUGGCACAAGCCCAUUUGACAAAAGUCCAACAAGUGCAUAAAAUUACAAACCUGACCUCUUGCGACCUUUAUCUUUUAUGUUAUCCCCAUUCUUCAGCACCACAGGUGGCCCAGUUUGCGCUAGGGUAGAGGCCUCGUCACCCAUAACACUCUGCAGAGAUUAUCAAAUACAGAGUGGUUUUGGGAAAUACAGGUGGCUUUCAUUACAAAACAGGAGCCAUCAACAAAAACGGUUCCUUUAUUUUCGUGUCUUUACCAAUAAAACCGUUCUCUGUUUUGAGCUGAGCUCUCACCCUCCAAUUCCGAAACCCAUCAAUCGAUCCCAACCAUGGAAGGGGGAGAUAUCGGUGACUGGGAGAUGCUCCACGACUCGGACCCUCCCCUGGUCAACUCAAAUGACUCGGUUGAAAGCCCUAGUAACUUCGAAGGAAUUGAUGUUGACGCCGAGGGUAUGAUCAGGCCUGAUUACUUCUCUUUGGAUAAUCAGGGCAAGUAUGGGUAUGCUAAGGAUGUGGCUGAUGUCAGCGAAGAGGGUUCGGUUGAGUCCGACAACCCGAGCUGGAUUGACCCGGGUCCGGUGACUCGCUACGGGGCAAAAGAACCGGGUGGGUUCUGGUCCGAUUCGGGCAGUGAUCGGUCCGAUGACCGUAAAAGCAAUUAUCUUGAGGUGAAAAACGAAUUGGGUUUUGCGGGUAAUGACAAAAGCCAAGUUGGUUUUGGAGGGAUUGUAGAAAUGGAGUAUACCGAUGAGAAAUUGGGAAAAUUCGGGUCUGACGAGGGCAAACUUAGUGGGUUGGAUGUGGAAGGCCAACUGAGCUUUGAAGAAAUUGGGGAAAACACAAGGGUUGAGAAGGAAAGUGAGAUGGGUUUUAGUGGAUUGGAUGGUGGAAAUGACAUGGAUAAGAAACCAGAAGAUGGACAAUCAGUUGGGAGCCAAAGUGCCGCACCUGAAGUGAAACCUGAGGCAAAAUCGGGUGCCGAGGUGGUGAAGAGGACAAUCUUGUGGUGGAAGGUUCCAUUUGAGGUCUUGAAGUAUUGUGUUUUUAGGGUGAGCCCUGUUUGGUCCUUUUCUGUGGCCGCAGCAGUGAUGGGGUUAGUUAUCUUGGGGCGGCGAUUGUAUAAGAUGAAGAGAAAGAGCCAGAACUUGCAGCUCAAGGUUACUCUGGAUGAUAAGAAGGUGUCUCAGUUCAUGAGUCGCGCUGUGCGUCUCAAUGAAGCAUUUUCAGUGGUGAGGCGGGUUCCUAUAAUACGACCCUCGCUGCCGGCAUCUGGGGUAAAUCCGUGGCCUGUAAUGGGCCUGAGAUAGAAAAUUCUUGUUGUGAAGUACAUAGAAAAAGAAAGUACUUUGUCCAUGAACUGUGCUAAAAGUACUAAUGUUCUUAUGCUACGCUUUGUAUCAAAACGAUUGUGUCUGUUAUGUAUUAUAACUUUGAAAUUUAGAAUCUUUUGCAUCACUCUGUAAAAUGCAGACAAAAAUUUCCGUUCAGGUACAAAUUUUUACUUCUCU